AAUGCGCUCUACAAGGAGGGCAAGCUUAACGAAGCCAUCAAAAUCUACCGACAAGCUGCCGAGCUAGCCUCCAAAGACGACUAUCUGCCCUGGUCCAAUCUCUCCGCGGCGCAGUUCGAGUGUGGAAACUACUUCGGGUGCACCUCGAGCGCGUUGCAGGCUUUGGUUAACGUCUAUGAGCAUGAAAGCAGCACCCGUAGUGACAAAACUGCUGUGGAGCGGAAGUUGGCUCCCCGUCUGAUCAAGGCGUUUUUGCAUGUGCACGAGUACAAAGAUGCCAGGCACUGGCUUGAUGUGUUGCAGUCGGAGUCUAAAGAGCCGCCGUCAGAAGAGAUCUCGCUGUAUCGCACUGCCAUCGAUCGUGCAGAAGCGGUCUGGGCGGCCUUUCCAGAUGAGAAGACGCAUCGGCUGCACCUGCUGAGGCAUCUGCCUCGGUACCGGCCGGCAUUCUCUGGCUAUCAUGAAUAUUUCAAUAUCGGCCACGACGACAUCAGCGACCUGAUCCCCGUCGAUGCCCUCGUCGACGAUGUGGAAUACGUCUCUGUCUUCCUCGGGGGCGUCGGCGAUGCGCGCCAUUUCUACGGCGCUCUCGCCUUCCUGGGCAUUUCGGAACGGGUCCAAGUUGGCACCGCCCGGAAAGCUGGCGUACGCGAGUUUCGCGUGAACAAGAAGUACCAUUUUACGCUGAACGACCGCAAAGCCGGGGCUCUGGCCCGGGACAUGAUCGUGUUCGCCCUGCUGGAUGUGCUGGCCGUCGCGAAGGAUAUGCCGUCCUUCGAGCGACUGCAGCGGUAUGCCGUCGUGUUCUACGUCUUCAUCGGCGCCAUCAUGCCUCGGUUCGCGUUCGACCAUCUCAACCGCGUGAUUGACAUGCUCGUCGAGAAGCAGGAGAGGAAAGACACCAUCCUGCCGUGGCUGCGAAUCUACGAGUCCGACCGGGCGGGGAUUCUACGAGCGUUACGGUCGUGGAGAAGUGGCAGCCUCAUUAGCCUGUUUUCGACGAGAGACGUGAUUUCCCUGGCCCGGUCUCAGUUCAGGGAAGCGGGUGUGAAAGCGGCGAGCCUUUUUGGCUUCGAUCCCCGUCGGGCGCCGUCUGGUUGCGAGAAGGAGUAUGCCACUUAUAAAGAAGCCCCCUUCCUGCUGCCUCCUCGACAAGUGUUGAAGGACCAUGAGCCCGAGCUGCAGAGGCUCCUUGAGAGCGGUGCAUCAGCGGACCGGCUCAGAGAGUACCUGAGCGAGCAUUGGUGUGUGAACCCGACUCUGCUGGACGAGGACUGGAUGGUGGAAGCCAGGGGCGAGUUGGACGUCGGCUAUGACCCGUUCGAGCUCCCCAGGCGACUGCAGGCGCUUUUUAUCGUGGAGGAGAAAGGCGCCCGUCAGCGGAAAAGGCUGUUCGACUAUGCUGCGGACUUCUUCCAGAUGGUCGUGCUGGGCCUCCGGCGAGUCCGGGAUCGUCUCAGCGUGGAGCUGAUCCUGGACGACCUCGCGGCGGCCAUCGACGCUCUGCGACAUGGGCUCAUCGAGGGCCGCGACCGGGACGCUCCGACAACCUUUGACGUGGUCUACCUGUCGAACGUGCCAGACUAUAUCGGCGGCAGCUUCGUGACGUUCGUCUCGGGACUAAAGCUCCUGAACAACACGACGACAGCCAAGAUCACGUCGACCUGUCUGCGGAAUACGGGGAUCUGGAAGUCCCAGGAGCAGUUUCACAGCGAAUACAUUAUCGUCAAUGACUUCAACACUCUCUUCAAGCUCACUCAAGCGCAGUUUGUCAAGCGUGACGAGUAUGACACCUUGUUUCCCAUGUCCGGAUACAUGGACUGGCGACGCGCGACGAUGAAGAAGUUCCCGUACGAGUUCCCGGUGCCUCGCGCCGAGCUGAGCCGGUGGCUGUUUGCCCAUUUCUUCAAGCUGGCUCUCCCCUGCAGCCGUGACCCUGACGACCACAAUCUGGACCUGUUUCUGUUUCCGACGCUGAACCUGACCAAUUUCUUCCGGCUGCUGAUUCAUCUCCACGAGAUCGGAUACCCGGCACACUGGCUGGCGGAUGUUCUGGCCAAGAUCCUGGAAAAUCAGGUCGUCACGACGGCCCGGCCGCCCAGGACGCUGCCGUUGGAGGUGGACGAGGUGUCUCGUCGGCACCCGGCAGCGAAGCUGUCCACGGCGCCGUAUAUCCUGGAGAUGACGACCCUGACGGUCCUGUUCCAGCGGAUUCUACCGUUCUGCCCGAUCACGACGGCCUCGCUGCCGUCUCCGGGCUCGAUCUAUUCAUACAGCGUGCGGAUGCGCACGGUCGACUUCCCCAUGCACGGCGAGAUGCAGGCCCUGGUUCUGAUCUUCUUCCGAGUGCGUCUGCCCCCGCGCUGUCCGGGGACAGCGGACGACAUCCACCGGUAUCUCGACCCCUCGCCGGAAAAGGACAAAAGCUUCGAGACGCCCGCCAUGAAGGAAUUCCGCGAGUCGGGCAGCGUGGUCAUCACGGCGCUGACCUGGAACGGGGUGGACGACCGCACGGCGACGAUCUGGAUGCGCGAGGACGUCAUGGACCCGAUGAUCGAGGCGCGCGAGGACGACGAGUGGGUGUGCUGUCUGUGGCGGGUCGACGACUGGGCGCCUGUGUCGUCGGCGCCUGAGGGUGCGAAGAUGGUCGUCAAGGGUGCGAGGUGGGGAGAGUUUUCAUAG